GGUGUGGACACUCGGGGCUCGGGGCUCGGGCUCCCGCUCCCUCGAAGCCUGUCGGGCCUUGCGCUGCCCUGCUCGCCCGGUCCGGGUGGGCAGGUGCGUGUGGGAGCCCGGAGUGUCGGCGCCAGAGCCUUCAGACCUGAGUUCGAGUUCUGCCUAGGUUGCCUAGGAGCUGCGUGACCUUGGGCAAGGGCCCGCCUCAUUCUGGCCCUCGCUUUCCCCACCUGCAAAAUGAGAGGCUCACAUUGUCUGUUUAGCCUAGUAACCCUCUGAGUCGGCCUGCUAGGCCACAAAGCCCCCACCCCGUGAGGGGUGUCACGGGGGUGAAGGCGGCGGCCGCUCCAAGUGCUGGGGACAUGUAGGACAUGGCUCUUGUGCUUGUGUUCCCCGGUCAGGUGCUAAGGAGGUGUCUGAAAAAUCAAGUCGACAAGCAUUUAUUGUCUUUGUUAUUCUUCACAACAGUAAUGACAGCUGGCAUUCAUUUAGCACUUUGAGACUGUGUAGAUUGCUAAGAAGACUUGCAAUCCAAUCACACACGCCUAUUCCAGAAAGGUGGUACUCAUGGAAGAGGAACAGGACUUACCAGAGCAGCCAGUGAAGAAAGCCAAGAUGCAGGAUUCAGGAGAGCAGAAUUUAAGUCAGGUGAGCAACCCUGAAGGCAGUGAUCAGAAACCUGAAACUUCAAGUCUUUCUUCAAACCUUACCAUGUCAGAUGAAAUUAUGACAUGUGCUGAUUACAUCCCUCAAUCAUCAAAUGAUUAUACCUCACAGAUGUAUUCUGCAAAACCUUAUGCACAUAUCCUCUCAGUCCCUGUAUCGGAGACUGCUUACUCUGGCCAGACUCAGUACCAGACACUUCAGCAGUCUCAACCCUAUGCUGUUUACCCUCAGGCAUCCCAACCUUAUGGACUACCUCCUUUUGGUGCAUUGUGGCCAGGUAUGAAACCUGAAAGUGGUUUAAUUCAGACUCCAGCUCCAAGUCAACACAGUGUUCUUACCUGCACUACAGGGCUAACCACAGGCCAGCCAAGCCCAGCACAUUACUCUUAUCCCAUUCAAGCUUCAAGUACCAAUGCCAGCCUGAUCUCCUCUUCAUCCACAAUUGCCAAUAUUCCAGCAUCAGCAGUUGCCAGCAUCUCAAACCAGGACUAUCCUACAUACACCAUCCUUGGCCAGAGUCAGUACCAGGCAUGCUACCCCAGCUCCAGCUUUGGGGUCACAGCCCAGACAACCAGUGACACCGAGAGUCCUGCAUUAACAGCAGCCACCUACCAGACUGAGAAACCCAGUGUCAUGACGCCUGCCCCAGCAGCAGUACAGAGACUUUCUCCUGGUGAUCCUUCCAGCCCAUCUCUGUCCCGGGCUACGCCAAGUAAGGACUCCGAAGAGCAAUUGAGAAAAAGCACGCCAGCCAAGAACCGGGGCAAGAGAAGAGCCGACGCUGCGCUGGCCCCAGACAGUGAGCUGGAACGGGUGUUUCUCUGGGACUUGGAUGAAACCAUCAUCAUCUUCCAUUCUCUUCUCACAGGAUCCUAUGCCCAGAAAUAUGGAAAGGACCCAAGAGUUGUGAUUGGCUCAGGUUUAACUAUGGAAGAGAUGAUUUUUGAGGUCGCUGACACACAUCUCUUUUUCAAUGACUUGGAGGAAUGUGACCAAGUGCAUGUGGAAGACGUGGCAUCUGAUGACAAUGGACAGGAUUUAAGCAACUACAGUUUCUCCACGGAUGGUUUCAGCGGCUCAGGAGGUAGUGCGGGUCAUGGCUCAGCUGUAGGUGUGCAGGGAGGAGUGGACUGGAUGAGGAAGCUGGCUUUCCGCUAUCGCAAAGUGAGAGAAAUCUAUGACAAACACAAAAGCAACGUGGGUGGCCUUCUCAGUCCCCAGAGGAAGGAAGCACUUCAGAGACUAAGAGCAGAAAUUGAAGUCUUAACUGAUUCCUGGCUGGGAACAGCACUAAAGUCAUUACUUCUCAUUCAGUCUAGAAAGAAUUGUGUGAAUGUCUUGAUCACAACCACACAGCUAGUGCCUGCUCUGGCCAAGGUCCUCCUGUAUGGCCUGGGAGAAGUGUUUCCCAUCGAGAACAUCUACAGUGCCACUAAAAUAGGGAAGGAGAGCUGCUUUGAGAGAAUCGUGUCUCGAUUUGGCAAGAAAGUUACCUACGUAGUGAUCGGAGAUGGGCGGGAUGAGGAAAUUGCAGCCAAACAGCACAACAUGCCUUUCUGGCGGAUCACAAACCACGGAGACCUUGUGUCACUCCACCAAGCCCUGGAACUGGAUUUCCUGUAAGGAUGGGAGCUGAGAUGCCAGCCCCAUGAGCCCUUCUCCUCCCCACGGGGGCACUCCUCUCCUCAGAAUGAGACGCGAGCCCAGCUGGAGCCCAGGGCAGGCCGGGACAGUUUGUUUUCUCCAGGAGGGGCAUCCAUCCCAGGGCACACCCUGGUAGCGAAGCAGGCGACGGAUGGAGAGAACGGCAGUCUCACCUUAGCUACAGUGAUUUAAUUCUUCUCCUUUUGUUUUCUUUAAAAAAGAAAAAAAAAAAUCCCUGAGGCAGAGUUGUGCUCAAAUGUAGUGUGUGAUGGGAAAACACAGUGCUAUUAACUUGUGGUCAAUAGGUUAGAAGCAGAAAACUCUUGUGACCUCUCUCCGUCCUUUGUAGUCUAUUUAGCUAUUGAAUUUAUUCCCGGUGAAUGGAUGUGCUAUUUUUAUAGGUCAGGGUCUGGUCUCUGAAGCAGAUUUUCUCUUUGUCCCUUUAGUAAGCCAAAAGUUGGGGAACAGGAGGAUAGAUUUUCUUGGAAAACAUGAAAUGAAUCGUCUCUGAUCUCCAUUACCCGUGCCAGUAGCUUUUCCUUGGCCCCUUUCUGUUCUCCACUUUGAGGUUGGGUGCCAACUCCCUCCUCCUCGCUGCCCUCCUCCCCAGCUGUCCUGAACCAUCUCUCAUUUGGGCUUGCCCCCUCCUGCUGAGGUCACCCAGUAUAGGGACUGGUCCUUAAGGAGCUGUAGGGGGGAGGCACCCAAGCCUCUGCACUACAGAGCGCCCCCCCCACAAGUGACCUUCUGUCAUGUAAUGCCUGUUGUGAAAACAUCUUCUCUAUCCCUGAGCCUCCCUUGCCAAACCCAGGAGAAACAGCCCUGAUUCCUACCCGCCCCCUUCCACGGUGUCUGCCCUAUCCCCACAAGUGCCAGGCAUCUGUCCACCGGGCCAGCCCGAGCAGCCCAGGAGAAGGCCCUUGUACCUCUUUGCACAUGUCCCAUCUCGGUGGUGCCCUGGGCCUGCUCUUCUCCCUCUCUCCCAGUCCUUGUCGCUGCCUCCUCAGGCUGGCCCACCAGCCUCCUCUCGGGCUCUGCCCACACCUCUGGGGCAGCCCCUCUUCUGCCAACAGCCACGGGGACAUAGCCCAGGCCCCUUUUCCCUGUGUAGAUGCUGCUGCUGGGCCCGGGCACUGCACUAGGCCCUUGGACCUGAAGCAGGGUUAGCCCCGACAUCCGAGGGCUGGUGUUUGCUCUCCGUUGGUUAAGCUGCAGGAAUGCCAGGCAUUUGGGCUGUUGCUGGGACCCGAUUUUCCACUGGCUCCCAGUUAGAUGGCAUCUUUGGGGCUCCCUCUGCCAGGCUGGAGAUCCUGGGGAAUACUCGAUAGAAGAGGAACGGCUCAGUCUGCCUCUUGACCUGUAGCCUCACCUUGGCCUCCAACCAGACAGGAACCUGGCUGGGGGCUUCAGAAGGCUCUGCUGCCUCUCUUCCAGAGGGCUGCACUCUGCCAGCCUAAAGGGAAGGGCCCAACCCUGCCCGAAGCAGGAGCAAGAAGCAAAGGGGACACUGGCCCUAGGACGAAAAGGGCCUGGAUCUUAAUGCCCUAAGAAGCCGCCCCCUCCAUCUCUCAGAAUUGGCAGAAGGCUCUCAGUCAGAUGCACCUUGACCUGCAGAGCAACAUUAGGAAGAUGAGCCUCCCUUCUCUCUGGUUCUCUUGCUUCUCUCACACCUACCCCCGAGGAUGCCGUGCCGUGAACUGGGCAAGAACAGUAGAGGAAUCCGCCCUCCACCUUCCAACACCUGUCACCCCAUAAAGAGUUCUCCACUCCUGUGAUGUAGGGAGCCUAGAACCCUGGGAGCUUCCCCCCAUUACAGGGGCCACGUUCAUUCCUGGCCAAUAGCAGGGUGCCGGUUGUUCACAGGUGAACUCUGACCUUGCCCAGGGAGGAAGCUCUCCCACCUGGAGGGCAACUGGGCCACUCCCAUCCCCUUGGGCCCCCUGCCCCAAAGGGGAGGCCUGGAGGAGUCUGCCCCUACUUUACCACUUUGCAGUGUUCUCCCUACUCAGCACACACAUCCCUUGUCUCCAAGAGGAAUCUUUGUAAUGGAGAAAUCUGUGUUGGGCUGGGCCCGGUAGGGCAGGAGCCAAGGAAAGCUCUGAAUCCUUUAGUUGCUAAUAGUCUAAUGGAACAUGCCCGAAACUCUUUGUAUUUGAGACAAUCCCCCACGGAAUUAGCCAAGUGAACGACACUUCCACCAGACGUUGGUUCCCGUAAGAUGGGUCCAAAAACUCCCCCUGGUGAUCCGGAGCUGUCGGGAGACCCUGGGCUCAUAGUGUAGCUUCACUCUCGAAUGUAAAACUGACCGUGCCUUAGCGUCACCAUGUCCAGAGCACUGACAGGGCCGUCCAUGUGUCCGUGAGAUGGAGUGGCCCCCGGCCAGCCCACACUCCUGCUUAGGCCCCCUCCACAAUGUGCGGAUCUGCUUUGAUUUGGUUUUUUUCCUUGCAUCCUCUGCCGAGAGGUCAGUGCAAAGGGCGGCCAUCCUCGCUCCAGGUAAUGCUCUCAGGCCUGCUUCCAUGGAAGGAUAGGAUGGCGGCAGAUUGCAUUUGAGGGGAAAUGCUGGCGGCCACUGGGCUCUUCCCAGCCAGAGUGAGUGUGUGGGCGCUGCCAGAGCCCAGGAGCUACGGGCUGCAGAUCAUGCAUGAGCACGACUGAACCCCCUCCCGGGAGCUGAGCUGGACAGAAGGCCGCAGCGGGUCCUGCGAGGGCAGUCUCGCUUUGCAGAACUUCCCAACCCCAGAGACAAAUUUCAUUUCUCACCAUUCCUUGUUUUGUUAUUUGUUCAGAAACUGAAGCAUUCAAACUAUAGAAACCAGAUUUGAAUCCCAGGAGGUCUCGGGCCACAGGAAAGAAAUUGUCACGUCCCGACCCUGGGUGAUCCCGGUAGCAGUGGUCCAGUCCUCCCUUUGUUCCCUCUCAGAAGGCUGGAAAGCAGAACUUGGCUAGUCCCUAAUGCACUGACAGGAACUAUCCCCCUUAAGGACUGAUUCUGCUCAAAACUGGAUUUUCCCUCUGGACUUAAGAUGCCUCAAAGCAGGAAUACACAUUGGAUUUGGAAUAUUUAUGUGACCGAGGGCAUUCGUGGCUGUAGAUUCCUUGACCAUAAUGUUAUAUGUAAUGGGAACUAUCUUAUAAACUUGAAAAAAAAUAAAGUUUUUAUUUUCUAUACAAUUGACUUCUGGCCCAUCUUCUAAAGGGACACACGAGCAUUGAGACACAAGCCACUGACUUUAAAACUCAGCAAGGUUCCUCCCCAAAGGGUGGCUGGGCACAAGAAGCUCUACUGAGGGCAGGGGCCAGGGGGAAAGUAUCCAGGACGAGACUUGGUUUCUCGUGGAUUUUCUGUUUCCGGCUCAGUAUAACCUCCAAUACAUCCAUUUUCCUCUCUACUCCCAUUUCUUGUUUUCAUUUUUAAAGAAAAAAGGAAUGGAUUGGACGAUUUCUAAAAUUCCCUAGCAGGAACCAGUUGCUACAGCAGGAGUCCUGAACUUCCAGGCCUGAGAAAAGGCCAUCUGUCCUUAACAUGCGAGGGCUGCUGCUGGUUCUUUUGGGGUGAGAGGCUUCUUCUUGAGGCAGGCAGAGCCCCACCUUUCUAGGAGAGCCGGGCUCGGGCACAGCACAUUCAGAGGCCCUUUCUCCGGAAGAGAUGCCAGGUUACCGGCCACAAAGAAUGACACAUCAGUCUGUGGAGCCAGUGGUCUUCCUAGCUGGGACAAGCUCCUGGAGGAGCAGUGUUAGGGCCUGGGGACCAGAGCAGAAGGGGCCCCCACA